GGCCAAUGCGCACAGUACAGUGAGCGCUCGAACGUUUCACAAAACAAACAAGAAGAGAGAAAGGCAACAUGAAAGUGCUGCUAGUUUUAGCCCUGAUAUCCUUGGCAGCUUUGGCCAGCACCAGGAAACCUUUGGCCGCGCGCUACGAUAACUUCAAAGUGUAUCGAGCUUAUGUCAAGGAUAGCGAGCAGCUGGAGGAGUUUAAAAAAAUUCAUCAACACAUACAAGUUCAUAUACUGCACGAGAUUGGAGGACCCAAUCGCAGCUAUGAUGUUAUUGUGGGUCCAUUGUUUCAGCGUACCUUUGAGCAGGUGCUGAACGAUUUGGAGGUGGCAUAUGAUGUAAUCGUUGAGGAUUUGCAGGCUUUGCUCGACGAGUCGCCGGUGGACGAGGAUGCGCCCAUGGACUGGGAAACUUAUCAUCCAUUGGAUGUAAUCUACGACUGGGUGGAUGAGCAGUGCGACGAGCAUGAUUAUCUCGAGUGCAAAGUCAUAGGUCACUCGUACGAGGGCAGGCCCAUCAAGAGCGUUAGGCUGUCAAAGCGUGAGGGCAACAAGGCCAUUGUAAUUGAGGGUAACAUUCAUGCCAUGGAAUGGAUAUCGUCGGCCACCGUCACCUUUAUACUUAAUCAGUUAAUCAACUCAGAGGAUGAUGACAUCCAACGGCUGACAGAGGAGUUUGAUUGGAUUGUGGUGCCCAUGGUGAAUCCCGAUGGGUUUGUCUACACGCACGAGGUGGAGCGCUUAUGGCGCAAGAAUCGUCGCCCCAAUGGCUAUACGAAUUCAUCGGGUCCCUGCUAUGGCAUCGAUAUGAAUCGCAAUUUUGAUUACCAUUGGAGCGGCGCCGGCUGGGGUAUUGAGGACCCCUGCGAUCAUUGGUUCGGCGGUGAUGAGCCAAACACUGAACGCGAAAUUCUGGCCCUGCAGGACUUUGUUAGCUCCUUUGACGACGGUUAUAUACGGGCCUACCUGGCUUUCCAUGCCUAUGGCCAGUACGUACUGUUGCCCUAUGGACACACCAACACUGAAUUUCCGCCCAACUAUGAUCAAAUGAUGCGCAUUGCUGCUGCCUUUGCCGAUGGAGCUGUCGAUGCGUUUGGCUCUGUUUUCACCUAUGGCGCCAGCGGUUUAUUGAACUAUGUUGUGUCUGGUGCGGCUAAGGACUGGGCCUACGGGGUUAAGGAUAUACCAUUCACCUGCACUGUCGAGCUGCGUGAUAAGGGCACAUUUGGCUUCUUCCUGCCAUCCAAUCAAAUUACGGAAGUUGGCGUCGAGGUCACUGAGGGUCUUAAAUCGCUCGUUGCCAAAGCAGCCGAUGAGGGCAUUUUCGAUUGAAAUCGGUCGAGGAGACACAUUUGUGAUUUUCUCAAGUGUCGAUAACAAUUGGAUUAGAUUGUAGCAAACGUAUAUGAAUUUAUUUAUAA